AUGACUUCGAACAAGCAGCAAGCUUUUGAGAUUCUGUUCCUAGGAGCAUCGGGUGCAGGGAAAACACUUCUCAUUCGACGAUUGAAGCAGCUAGUCAAACAAGUUGCACAACGUGAUAUGACAGACACCAUGCCCACCACUGGAGUAGAAGUGGACAAACUUGUCAUUGGCAGGCUUGAAACAACAGUACGUGAAGUCGGUGGAUCCUUCACUGCAGUUUGGCCGAAUUUCUUCAGUGAUUGUCAUGCUUGGUGCUAUGUGAUCGACAUGUCGGAUCGCGUGUCAGUUUCCGAAGCUGCGGUUGAAUUUGUCAACGUCAUGAUGCACGAAAAGAUGCGAAACAAGCCAGUGCUGUUGAUCCUCAACAAAAUGGACAUUGAAGUGGCAAUGACGAUGAAAGAAUUGGAUGCGAAGAUACUUCUAAAUGACAUGACGCGUGACCUCGGAAACAGAUUGUGUGUCGUAGAGGCAAGCGCUACUGAAGGAACUGGAAUGGACUUGGUGCUCAGCACUUUGACUUCCUUCGUGGAUUCUCGAUGUGCAUAG